CUGUUUUAGAUCAUUGCUUUGAAAACUUCGAUGACUUGCUUGGUUUUGAGUUUGAUAUGGGAGUAAAUUGACAACAUCGGCACUAGAAGUUAAUGUAAAACCAGUGAAUUUAGUAUUAUUAUAUUACAAUCGACAUUCAUAAGAUGUCUGGGAAUAAGGAAGACACGCUGCGACAUUUCUGUGACGUUACCGGCGCCGAUGAAAAUCGAAGUAGAUUCUUUUUAGAAUCAUCAAACUGGCAAUUAGAGGUUGCUCUCUCAAGUUUUUACGAACACGGUGGUCAUAUAGAAGAAGCGCCUAGUGCUUCUCCUGCGGUUGGCGGUGUACAGCCUAUGUCGGAUAGUGAUAUGGACUCACCUCCACGGUCACCAGUGCAGGCCAAAAAAAAAGAUAAAAAGAAAUCCAACCCUCACUUCGCGACUCUGGAUUCGCUGCAACAAGAAAGUUCUAGUGAAGAUGAAGAGACUCAAGCUUUCUACGCUGGAGGUUCUGAGAGGUCCGGUCAACAGAUUCUUGGACCGGGGAAAGGCAGGAAAGACAUAAUAACGGAAAUGUUCAAAAGUGUCAGGGAACAGGGUGCAGUUGUUUUCGACGAGGAACAAUCGUCGACUAGUAGGGGGCGCUCGGGGCUAUUCGGUGGUGUAGGGUACAGGCUAGGUCAGACAACUGAUGAUCAUGAACAGGUCACACCUGGAAGUGCUGCACAGCAACAGGAGGGUCCUCGCGUGGUCCGCCUGCGUCUAUACCGCGCCGGGUUCGUGGUGGACGACGGACCCCUGCGGCUGUACUCUGAUCCUGAACACGCACAUUUCCUCAGCUGUAUACGACGAGGCACAAUACCUCCCGAGCUCCGCGGACACGGAGAGGUGAAGCUCAGUCUAGAGGACAAGCGACAUGAAGAGUGUCCUCGCCCCGCCUCCAAACACAUGCCCUUUGGGGGCAAAGGUCACAUGUUAGGCAGCCCCACUCCGCCGACGGUGGGCGCCACGUGUCCGGUGGCGGCGAGCGGCGGAGACCGAGAGGCGAACAUGCGAGCGGCUCAGAACGACGUGCAGCUAGACGACACCGCUCCCGUCACCUCCGUACAGUUCCGCCUGGCGGACGGCAGUCGCCUGACGGGUCGCUUCAACCACUCUCACACCGUGGCGGACCUCGCUCGGUUCGUGGCUCGCGCGGAACCGACGUACCAGCUGACGUCGUUCGCCUUGCUGGCCGCCUUCCCCAGGGUGGAGCUGGACGAGAGCCAGACCCUGGCGCAGGCGGACCUGUUGAACGCCACCGUGCUGCAGAGACUCAAAUGAUCGCCUCACGACGCACAUACAACGACGGUGUGACCCGAGCCCUGCACUCGCGCUCACUCGUCGACGCUCGUGCCGGUGUGACACGGGCGGACCUCGCACGUACCCGACGUUGCGAUGGUCACACGUCGUUCGUUAAGUAAAUUCCCCCGCCGAGGUUUUGUUAUAUUCUAUAUAGGUACGUGUCUACUAUUUCAUUAAUGUUCUGUGACGGAUGCAUUUAGAACGAAACCUCGGAAGUAUUGAGCGCUUUCUAUGAUGUAAAAAUUUAUCUUGGAACGGUCGUCGCCUCGGAACAGGAAUGAGUAAAUUCAUCAAAGUUAAAAUAAGCAUAUGUAUGUAAUGUUUAGAUAACUGUCGAUUAAUUUAAAACAAUAGAUUAUUUGUAAUAACAAUAAAGACAUCUCUUUAGAGUUGA